AUGCCCUCCAUCUCCUUGCUCCCGCCGGCGGCAGAGCGGGCGAACAAUGACAUUGCAAACCCGUUGCCAGCAGUACUUCAGACGCCAUCCGGACUAGCUAUGAUCGAGCUUCAGGGUAGCGUGCUCACAGAGAAUGCGGAUGCUGGAAUGGUCCUCGAGCUAGGCAACUUGGUGUUUCCACCUGCAGAAGACGACGAGGACGAGGACGGCGACUGGGACGGCAAGCGGGUCUUCCUCUUCAUAGGCAAGCAUCAGCGAAUGGCCGGCGAGGUGAAGAAGCUCGCCAAACCCGUGGCUGUUAUUCGACGAAGGCCUGUCGAUGCCAAUGCCAACUCCUCUAUACCCGGAAGUGAGGAUGUCGAGAUUGCGGAGAUUAUUUACUACAGGAUACUUUUUGCACACCGCCCCGAGCCCGUGGGGGGCGGACAACAAGAACAACAACAAGAAAAACAAGAAAAACAACAGCAACAACUGGCCGAAGAAUGA